AUGCCACCGGAUGACCACACGCGCAAGCAACCGAUAGCUCCAACUUUGACGACGAACCUCACCAGGGAAAUAUGCAGGACUUGCGCCGACUGUGCCCUAAGAGCACCUCGGACACGCCGGGAAGAACCGACUACCGAAGUCCACGCCGCGACCCGAGCUCCUCUCGACGCCAUCAUCGUUGCCAAACAAAAACCAGCGGCCCGCCUCAGCAAACCACACGGCGAAGAUGCCGCCAUCGACCAAUCUCCCAGCCGUAGCCGGCUCCGAGAUGAUGCCCCCAAGGAGGAGAAAGACGCGAAGACGCCUCCAUCGCCCGAUGCAGCGGAUCUGAGGUUUUCCUCCGAAGCCCAAGCCGCGGGGAGGAGGAGCACACCUCCACGACGACGCUUCCAAGAAAGAUCACGGCACCCGCGGUCGCCGCCGUCGCCGGCUCCGAAGAAGGCUGGAGCAAAGAAUUCUCCCGGAGAUGCGCCGACCACCUGCCACCACCGACCGCCGCCCACCCGCCACCACCUGCUGAGGCCGACCUCAUUCUGGCCGCGGGAUCCCACGAUCCACCGCGACCAGACACGCACCACCCCCUGGCCGAAGCCGCCAUCCACCACCGCAGCACCACCGUGGCCACCACCACCGCAGCGACCAAAGCCACAUCGCAAAGCGCAGCAUCCAGAUCGAUGCACCUCGCAUCAGAUCCAAUCGGAGCUGCACAGGCGAAGCAACAGAGCAGCGAGAAGGUGGUCCCUCCACAGCACACCUCGCACCCUAGAGCAGCCCACCCACCACGCUCAGCCGGACACCGCGCCCGCCGCGCGCCUGCCGCCGUCGCGCCCGGCCGGUCACCGCGCCCCACACGCACUAGCCAGAUCCGAGCCGCCGCCGGGCGCACGCACGCCGUCCACGCCCAAGCCACACUGGAGCCCGGGCCAAGGCCGCCGCCCCGGCGUCCCUUCCGCCGUCCGCAGCCGACGCCAGAUGCGCGCCGCGCCAUAUGUAGUUUCUAAAUCAAAUAUGUAG